AAGUUGGCAAAAUUCCUCAUUUCCAAUGUUCUUGUGUGUCGCAACCUCAUUCAUUGGCAGAGUUUCUUACAACAUUGAAGUCGGCUUCAAUAUGUUUUCUUUGAUAAGGCAGUAAUUGGUGGAUGCACCUGCAGCCUUAGUGAAGAGCCGGCCGUCUACGGCAUUAUCAUAAUAGAAAACAAAGGAAUCUUACACAAAUGGAAUAGGAAAAUUCUUGCCAUGGUAUAUACGUGAAAACCUAAAAAUUGACCACCUCGAAUUUUUCGUGGUUGUACAAUAAAGGGUGCGAAGUUCUCAGACCAUCAAGAAUUUAAUCCUCAGCUCUGAAUACAAGUUUCAGAUUCCAUGGAAAAGUACUUUUGUUUCAAGAAGCAGGAAGAUAUGGCUGACACUUUGGUUUGUGUUAGACGAGUGAAGCAAGAAGCAUCCGAAGAGUGGGAUGAGAGCAUGCCAUUGCCAGGAGACAUAAUUGAAGGGUUUGCUGAGAAUAACGCAGAUGAGUUAUUUGUGCCAGCUAAAGCCAAGUCUGAUCUGAGUUCGCAGCUUGGAAAGAUUAGCCCGCAGACUGAGACAGUAUGGUUGAAGGUUAGAAGAGGUGAGAGGACGCUGAAGCUCCGUGCCAGAGUAAUGCCAGAUAAGAGCGCAGUGCUACAGAGAAGAUUCACCAUUAAAGCAGCCAAUGAUGAUAGGCAUGUUGCAGUUUUAGGAGACUUAACCUUGGAACAAUGCACAGAGCUACAAGAAAUGAGCAGGAAAGUAGUGAAUAUGGAUUCCUGGUCAUUUAGCAAGCGGGGAGUGAAGUAUGACUGGAAGAUGAAAGUUGAUAACUAUCUACCGGACCAGCGAUCUAGUGUUCAUUGA